CUAGAGACCUAUUUAUAAGGCAGUGUGCAGUUGAUUGCAGAGACAGACAGAGAGAUCUGCUGGACCAAACUUGUGCAGAGAAGCUGUAGGGAGAGGUACACACAGGACCUUCACUACUUUGGUUACUGAAUCAUCUCAGGAUAUGUCUGUCCCUACUACCUGCCUGCGAGUCAGGAUACUGUGCCUUCCCUUUCUCAUCCUCAGCAUAUCCCAUGUCACAGUUAGAGGUUCGGGCUGGACCUAUACAGGUCACCACGGGCAGGAGAACUGGACAGCAUCGUACCCUGACUGUGGAGGGACUGCCCAAUCACCAAUCAAUAUCCGCACUAGCAAUGUAUCUUAUGAUGAGACUUUGCCACCCAUAGAACCGGAAGGAUACAACACCCCGGGGGACCAGCCUUUCACGCUGACCAACAAUGGCCAUUCCGCUGAACUCUCUCUGCCCUCCACCAUGGAGCUACGAGGGCUUCCAAGCACAUUCAAGGCUGCUCAGCUCCAUUUGCACUGGGGCAGCACAGAUAAGCAGGCAGGGUCUGAGCAUCGACUCAAUGGGGAGGAGUUCCCUGCAGAGCUGCAUAUUGUCCAUUACAAUGCUGACAAGUACACAGAUAUCAAUGAAGCCAAGAGCAAGCCAGAUGGACUGGCGGUGCUGGGAGUAUUUUUCGAGAUAGGGGCGACGGAUAAUCCAUCUUAUGCUAAUAUAUUGCGCCAACUGGAUAACAUCAGAUACGCAGGGCAAACUGUAUCUGUUCCUUCAUUCAACGUGCGCCACCUACUCCCUGAGAAUUUGGAAGACUAUUUCCGCUACACAGGGUCUCUGACCACCCCUCCCUGUUACCAGAGCGUGCUGUGGACUGUCUUCUACCAUCCAGUGGAAAUCUCCAGAUCUCAGCUGGAGAAACUGCAGACAAUCCUCUACUCUACAGAGCAAGGAGUCACCCCAGAGGAGCUGGGAAACAAUGUCCGAGAAGCCCAGCCCCUUAAUAGCAGGACAGUGUAUUCUUCCUUCCACAUACCUUCAACCUUUGCUACAGGGACCGUGGGGAACAUCCUAGCCAUCAUCUUCGGGAUAUUCCUGGGAAUUGUUGUCAUUGGCUUCGUUCUCUAUUGUAUCUACAGAAAGACACGGAAAGAUACGUCAGGGGCACCACAUGAUAAAUGUUCAAAGUCACAGACAUCCCCCACUGAGGUGAGGACCAUCUAGACUGGCUAAUGCAAGAUGGCGGCCGGCAAACUAAGAAUGUACAUAAUUGGGUCACUGGGAAAGGACUUUUUAAGCCUGACCAACAUGACUGGCCUUAAUGUCAAGGCUCUAUCAAUGAAGAUGGACCUUACCGCUCUUGACCAUAAUCUCCAGGGAUCUACAGCUAUUGAGGUCCUCAGAAACGUUUCUUACUCCAUCUUGUUAUAUUCUUAUAUUAAUGUAAAGUGAAAUCUAAAUUACUAUUAUAGAUUUAGUGCUGUUGCCGUAGUAACAACAUGCCUUGCACUCCCUCUACCUCUAGAGUAACUAAUAAUGCUGUGACUUGGAUACGUAAUAUGGAACUAAAUUCCUGAAGGGGAGGACACGUUACCCUCUGACCCUUUAAAGGGAGCUGUCGCUAAAUGAAGUUCAUACAAAUCUAUCGGAGCUGCCAUAUUGCUGUAUAACGACACUCCCUUGUCUUCCAAUCGAUGUUCAUUUGCUUGUGUGCCAAUUGGCUGGUCAAUAAAUACGAUUGAUGAUUAAUUAGAGUAGCCCCACGUUAAUCCCCAGAAAUCUCAAUGUAGAUAAUUGCUUAGCUAGAAUUUCCCUUUAAUUAAAGGGAUUGUUCCCCAAUGGGGACCUGCAAUAAGCACAGCUGUGAUAUAGACUUCUUGAUCAAUAUUUGAUAAAAAAGGGGACCCCAAAUCUGCUUUUGUUGACCUGCAACUCCCUGCUUUAUUCUCAAUAAAUGCUGUGAGUUGCAGUUUAACAACCACGGUAGGGUCCCAGGUCUGUUUGUAUUAGAAGGUAUUUUUAUAUUCUUUGAUGCCGUGAUUGAUACGCACCCUUGAUAUUUUGUAGACCUAUUAAAUACACAACAUGCCAAUGGGAA